AUGUAUUGGGGUCGGUUUCCGCACCUCUUCUUGAGGCAGGAAUCAUCUUCCAAUGGGACCGUAGCCGCCACCACGCCUGCUGCAACGACUCCUCAAACGACUCAGCAGCAAACCACACCUGCUGCGGCGACAACAACCCCUGCCGCUGAGACCACCACAGCUGCUCCUACAACGCUGAUUACCACGACUGCACCUGCGGCUACAUCUCAAGUUCAGACAACAACGCAGCAACAGGUUCCGACGACCACGACACAGCAGACCACCCCGCAGACAACCACGGCUGCUGCUGAAACCACACAGCCAGCAACAUCGGUUGUCGCAACUACUGUUGUGAUUACCCCAACUGUACCCGGGGGCCAGACCAGCACAGUCAUCCAAAUCAUCACACAGACCGAGGCUGCCAACCCCUCCAAGACGACAGGGAGCACCUCUGCAUCUGCAUCUUCAACGAACGGCGCUUCCAACUCUGGUAGCGAUUCGAAAGGCGGUCUCACAGAUGGAGGUAAAAUCGCUGUCGCUGUGGUUGUUCCCAUCGCAGCUGUGGCGCUGCUCAUUUUGGCCGGUAUUUACUUUUGGCGCAAGAGGAAGCAGCGCAAGCAUGCCGAGGAGGAACGCCGGAAGGAGGUUGAAGAUUACGCCUACAACCCUAACGCGGACCCCACGAUCCCAUCUCUUGGUGAUGGCGGCUCUUAUGAGAUGAAAGAGGAUGGUUCUGCUGGAUACCGCGGAUGGGGCACCACCACUCUGGCCGGAUCCACCGGACGCAAGGCAUCUACGACCAUGUCUGGAGGCAACACAGGUGCGGCUCAUUCGGACACAACAUCACCAACUCGCGGCACUGACACCCGUUCAGGAGAGCCUCUGAUCAACGACGGCUCAUACUCACCCGACGGCGAGAUCCUUGGCGCCAUGGGCCCUUCGGCCGCUCUGAAUCGUGGACCUGGUGUCCAGCGUGGCCCAUCAAACGCAUCGUCCUCCUACAGUGCUGGCAACCGCUCCGAUACGUCUGAUGGUGGCAUCGGCAUGGCCUACACCGGAGGAGGAGGAGGCAAUGCCUACUACGAUCAGUACGGCAACAAUCCUUACUCCGAUAACCCGUACGGCGAUCAGCGACCCACCGAGCUUCCCGGCCAACCCGUAAUCCGUGACAACCCGGCUCGUCGUAACACCAGGAUCGAAAACCCCUCUCACUACCCACAACAACAAAAUGCGGGCAUCUCGCAGAACUUUUGA